AAUGCUGCUAGCACUUCACCCGUCGCAUGUUUUGAGUGUAUUGGUGGGCGGGGCCAAACGUUCUCAAAAGUGGGCGUUCUCUCGUUCACGGGUGUUCAGCACUGUGGUGGUGUUCAGUUUCUCUUCGUCCUCUGUAGUCUAGUCUUUUGGUUCUGUUGAUACUAGCCUACUUUCCAUCAUUCCAUCACCUGACUGAAGUAUUUUGAUAGGCAGUUGAUUCCCAUUAUUUCAUUGUGUUGUAACGGAUAGCUUAAUAACGUUAUCAUUAUUGAAAUCACUAAACAUGUACUUUAAAGUUGUUGGCGUAAACUUUUUCACGUCAACGUAACCGUUAGCUCUCUGUCAAGUGUCGUUGUAGCUUUAACGUUACCUAACUAGGAUACAUUUGUUUAAUCAGAUUAUUACACAUCCCACGCAAAUCUCUGAAGGUAAGGCGCUGCUCAGAAUGCAUAAGUUUGCUAGCAAGUUAACGAAACGUAAUGAUCUUGACAUCAUCCUGGAGCAUUGGGACAGGUCAGUUGCCUACCCAAAUAGUCCUAAUCAGCAACUGUAACAAAGAGCAAACAGUGUUUUCUCAGCCGUUUUGUAUUUGUUGAUCUAUUAUGUAAUCAGUAGUUGUUAAAAACCUGCAAGACUAGUCUAGUAGUUCUCAAAUCGACUCUGACCAUUGUGUGUGUGGGUUUAACUGGAUUGCCAAAAGCCAAAAGCAAGCAAACCAACCCACUACGGCAUCAGUGUCCUUACUGCCCGUUUGUUUAUAAGUGUAGGCAUGUAGGUAUUUUGUUUCUUGUCAAUUUGUGUACAACUCGUUUGUGGAUGUUACAUUCUAUGACAAGAAACGUGUUUCCGCAUUACCCUCCUAUUUUUGGUCACGUGUUAUUCCGAGUAGUCAUAGCAGAGGCAAUUGAUAAAAAGUCAUUCAUCGAGUUUUAGCAUACAGUCACGUAUGUAGGUUUGAGCGGAGCCAUAUCUACAAAUUAACUGGAUUGAGGACAUGGAUCCGGACGUGUCUAUUUUACUUCACUGUGCUUCCUGGCGGGGAUUGCGAGAAUGGCAGGUGCAAGUGGAACUCUCCUCAAGGUUUAACAGGCAUGCAUCACCAGAUAUAGAGGAGCAUAUAGAGUCAAUGUGGGAAGAAAGGAUCAAAAGAGAACCGUGGCUUUUCAAUGGGGCCAAAUUCAGACUGCACUCAACCAACUGGACCACGCAUCACAUCCCUACAUCUAGACCACAUGAUGCUAAGGGUGCACAAGUCCAAGAGAAGACUACUCGAGAAGCGUCCGGACAACAGUGCUGCUGCUCAGGUGAGAAAGGGCGUGAUGAGGCACACAAACAUGCCCAGUGUGGUGGGCAGCACGCUGUCCCACUCCCAAACACCUACAGUGGCGACAGUCCAGUUGUGAAGUCACACUCUCUGAAGGGCUCAGGAUGCCUAGGAGAGCCAAGGAGAGUUCUGUUGAGUUUGCAGUUAGGCCUAACCUGUUACAAAGACUACCUGGGAACUAACUGGUCCGAAAGGGUAGGCGAGCUUCAGAGGCGAGGAGCAGUUGAGCUUGGAAAUCCACAAAGCCUGUUGGCCCAGCCUCUAGGUGUGGGGGCUGUCAUGGCAACCGCUGAUGGACAAGUGGUCCUCCUAAAGAGGAGCCAGAAGGUUGCAGAGGCCGCUGGACUGCUAGAUAUACCAGGAGGACAUCCCGAACCAAAGGCUGUCUGUAAUGGCAUCAGCGAAGAGAGCAUCACCAUAGAGUCGCUCCAGGGCAAAGAGGAAGCCGUCCUUAAGGAAAUCUUCUCCUCUGUGUUAGCAGAGAUACGAGAUGAAGUGAAUGUUCCUCUUAGUUCUCUAAGUGAGCCAAUUCUGCUGGGAAUUGCCCUGAACCACACCAGUGCUGGAAGGCCUAGUGCUGAGUUCUAUGUCAGGUGCUUUCUGACUGCAGAUGAAGUUAAAACUGUCUACCGGCGUGGAGGUCCAGAGGCUAAUGAAUCUACUGAUGUUGUAUUCCUGGAAGAGACGGAAUGGUUGGCUUUGGAUGAAAGUGCCCCCCUGUGGUCAGAAUUGUGUCCAUCAGCUAAAGGAGCGAUAAUUCUCCAUCAAAAAGUCAUGCCAGUCAAUGAUCAAAAUCAAAAUGUUUAAAAGAAUAUAAAAUUCUCUUUAUUGUGAACAAAAUUGUAACUGCUUUUUUAAAACAUCUUCACAACCAGAACACAGUAGUGCAAAUGAAAAAUCAAUGGAUUUACAACAUACUGAGAAUAAUCUAGGUAAAGAUAAACACCUUACAUUUUACAAAACAUACUGUUUCCGUUGGGGUGAAAAGAACUGUUCUAUGUAGAUAUUAAAUUGCACUGUUAAUAAUUGUACAAUAGUUGAUUUACUAUGAAUCUUACAGGUUCAGGACUGUAGAUGUAUUAUACCUUUUGAAAAGUUCUUGUCUAUUUUGAUUUUAUUUUUUUACCUAAAUGUUGUAAAGAGAUGUAUUAAAGAUGUAUUACAGAUGUAUUAAAGGUCAUUUUCAGCACUUCUAA